GUGACGGCACUGAUAUCUCCAUUGAGACAGAUCUGGAUGUUAUCAAACCAAAAAAAAGUAAUUGCUUAGUAGGGCGGCGCAUAAUUGAAAUAAAAUAUUUUCUGGACGAAUUAAGAUCUUUGAAACACAAAGGGUUUGAUUGUUCUUUUUUUUGAUAUGGAGGUUUUAUCCGAAAAAAUUGAAGGAUUUCAAAGUAAAAUAUCAUUUAAAUGCAACGUUUGUAAUAUUAUCCAAAUUGUUAAUACAGAAAAUCCGAAUAAGAAGGAUUUUCCAACAAAUUGUGCCGUUGUCGCUGGAGCAAUAUCAAUUGGGGUUGGAUAUUCUCAAAUAAACGAGUUUGUAUCAUGUUUAAACAUUCCAAAUAUGUCCAAUGCAACAUAUUUACGCUAUCACUCUAAUUUGAGUAAAAAUAUACACGACGAAAACAUUAAACUAAUGAAUACCGCUGCCCAAGAGGAAAGAAGGUUGGCUGUUGAAUCUGGCCACGUAUCUGAACAAGGUGUUCCUAUAAUUCCAGUGAUUGUUGAUGGCGCAUGGAGUAAACGUUCCUAUCGUACAAACUACAAUGCUUUAUCUGGAGUUGCCUGUAUAAUUGGAGCGAAAACUAAGAAAAUUCUUUACAUGGGGGUUAAAAAUAAAUACUGUUUCGUCUGUACUAGGGCAAGUACUCCAGUAGAACAUUCUUGUUUCAAAAAUUGGGAUAGAAGUUCCACGGCAAUGGAAGCUGAAAUAAUCGCCGAAGGGUUUCAAUCAUCUAUUAAAAGUCAUAAUUUGAUCUAUGGCAAAAUUAUUGGGGAUGGGGACAGCACUGUAUAUAAAAAAGUUGUUGAGGUAUCCCCAUAUGGACCAACUUUUGUUGUAGAGAAAAUUGAAUGCCGAAAUCACCUCAUUAGGAAUUACAUAAAUAAAAUUUCAGAAUUGUCCAAAGAUACCAAAUUCCCCAUUCAUCUCAGGAGAAUAGUAACUAAUACAGAUGUUUUGGGUCGCUUCCGAAACGCGAUAACGAAAGCUAUUGCCUUUAGAAAACAGGGUCCUGAUGCUGAAAAUACAAAAGUCGCUCUUUUAAAAAAAGAUAUUGAAAAUGGGCCAAAUCAUAUAUUUGGGGACCACUCUAAUUGCGACGGUUACUUCUGUUCUGGAAAUAAAGAUCAGGAAAAUUUAGUACCUACAUUAAAAUUGUCUGGUAUUUUUGAACCAAUUGUCACUGCAAAUCGUAGACUAGCAAAUAAUGCUGCUAGUUUGUUACAAGAUGUAGACACAAAUGCAGCCGAAAGCUACAAUUCCGUCGUUGCCAAAUUUGUCGACUAG